AUGGCCAGAGACCAACUUCAAGUUCUUAGCCUUGUGGAUCAAGCAAAAACUCAGCUAUACCACUUUACUGCAGUGGUAAUAGCUGGGAUGGGGUUCUUUACUGAUUCCUAUGAUCUCUUCUGCAUUUCUCUUGUCACCAAGCUUCUUGGUCGCUUAUAUUACCAGGUUGAAGGUUCAUCAAAACCCGGUAGUCUUCCUCCUAAUGUUGCUUCUGCUGUAAAUGGAGUCGCAUUCUGUGGAACUUUAGCUGGGCAACUCUUCUUCGGGUGGCUUGGUGACAAGAUGGGUCGAAAGCGAGUCUAUGGCAUAACUUUGAUGCUUAUGGUUGGUUGCUCUAUUGCAUCGGGUCUUUCCUUUGGUCACUCACCUGAGGCAGUGGUGGCUACGCUAUGCUUCUUCAGGUUUUGGCUUGGGUUUGGUAUUGGUGGAGAUUAUCCACUCUCUGCAACAAUCAUGGCUGAGUACUCUAACAAGAAAACUAGGGGUUCUUUUAUAGCUGCAGUAUUUGCCAUGCAAGGGUUUGGAAUUCUUGCUGGUGGUGCUGUGGCUAUAUUAGUCUCUUUCGUCUUUCGGUAUUUUUUCCAUCCCCCACCUUUUGCUGUAAGCGCCAUUGGAUCUGUUCCUCCUCAGGCUGAUUAUGUGUGGAGGAUUAUUCUUAUGUUUGGUGCAGUUCCGGCCGGAUUGACGUAUUAUUGGCGCAUGAAGAUGCCAGAGACUCCUCGUUACACUGCAUUGGUUGCUAAGGAUGAAACAAAAGCUUGCCAAGACAUGGCUAAGGUGUUGCAGAUUGAAAUUCAAGAAGCAAAAGAUGAGCAGAUAGUGAUUACCCAAGAAAGAAACACUUUCGGAUUGUGGUCUAAAGAGUUUCGUAGUCGACAUGGGCUUCACUUGUUGGGAACAACAACCACUUGGUUCUUGCUUGACAUUGCUUAUUAUAGCCAGAAUUUGUUCCAAAAGGACAUUUUCAGUGCAGUUGGUUGGAUUCCUAAUGCGAAAUACAUGAGUGCCAUUGAUGAGGUUUACAUGAUUGCAAGGGCUCAAACACUCAUUGCUCUUUGUGGCACAGUACCUGGUUAUUGGGCCACAGUCCUUCUCAUCGAUCGCAUUGGACGGUUUCCCAUUCAGUUAAUUGGGUUUUUCUUCAUGACAGGUUUCAUGUUAGCUCUUGCAAUUCCUUACCAGCACUGGAAAAGUCAGGCUAAUCCUAUCGGCUUUGUGGUCAUGUAUGGCCUAACCUUCUUCUUUGCCAAUUUCGGGCCUAAUAGCACCACAUUCAUUGUGCCAGCGGAAAUUUUCCCAGCAAGGCUUCGAUCAACUUGUCAUGGUAUCUCGGCAGCUUCGGGCAAGGCGGGUGCAAUAGUUGGAGCUUUCGGGUUCUUAUAUGCCUCACAGAACCAGGACAAAUCAAAGGCUGAUCCAGGCUACCCUGCUGGGAUUGGUAUGAGAAAUUCUCUCCUUGCGCUUGCUGUGAUUUGUGGGUUUGGUUUCUUUUUCACAUUGUUAGUGCCGGAUGCCAAGGGGAAAUCGCUGGAGGAGAUGUCAAAGGAGAUUGAUGAAGAAGGUGAAGAGUAA